AUGAAUACUGUAGAAGAAACCAGGAUACGGCCUUUAAGAAGUAAUAGUGGUUAAAAUAAUAUUCCAGCGGGUAAUGCCAAUAAUCUCGAUUCUGAAACUGUUUAAGGCCUUAAAAAGAAAGUUAAAUGGUUGGAAAGAAGAAACAUGGAGUAUUCUUAGAGACUUAGAGAUUUGAAUAGUUAAAAGAAUGAUGCCUAAAUAUAGAUCAUAGAUUUACAGAGGCAAGUACAAGAAAUGGCAUCAAAGUUGAAAUAUCAAUCAAAUGAUAUGAGGAAUGUACAGAAUAUAGAAAGCAUGAAAAUAAACUAACUAUAAAAAUAAGUGCAAGAACUAUAAUAAAUCAUAUAAUUACAGCAAUAAACAACAUCUCAUAAAUAAAAAAGAGAAAUAUUCAAAGAGAAUCUACAACCAAACAUGAUCUAGGAUGAUUCUUAAAUAACUUAGGAUCAAACUAAUCCAAGGAUACAAGCACUACAAGUUCAUCAUAUGAAAAUGCCUAAAUUAAGAGCACCGUAAGUUCCUUUAAGAUAAAAGCGAGACAAUAAUGAUACAAGAAAUUAAAAGGCAAACUAGAGCUUGAUGACAGUUAGAGAUAAAUCUAAGAGUUUAUCAAAGCCUAGACAAAUCUUUACUAAUAUCAGACUAAGAUCAGAGUCUAAAGAAAGUCAAAAGCAUGACUUUAAGUAAGCUUAAAUUGAUAAUCCAAAAAAAAAAGAGAAGGGAACAAGUAGAUCAAAGAGCAAAGAUAAGAAAAGAUAAAAUAGUAAAAAGGAAAGAAAAGUAAUCAAAAGAUUAACCAAUCAGGUUGUCGAGCUUUCACAAAUGAUAGAUAAGGUUUAAGCACAGUAGUAAUAAUAGAAUUAAAGCUUGAUGAAUGAUUAAUAUGGAAUCUUAAAGAUAUUACAAGAAAAGAUGCAAGGAGUAGACAGCCAAGAUAAAGCAGAAAAAUUUAAAGAAUAGCUAUUGAAAAUAAUAUAAGAUGGUUUUGGAGAUGAUGAUAUUAAAGAAGAUAGAGUUAUUAAUCCAUUUAAGGAAAACAAAUUUAAAAGAGACAAAUCAAAUUGA